GGGCGCCGGGCGGGAAGGAGGGCUGCUUUGCGGGCCGCCCCCUCCCCGCCCCGCCCCGUCCCGCGCCUAUGCGGUGGCUGAAGGAUGGCGAAGAGGUCGCGCAGUGAGGAUGAAGAUGACGACCUUCAGUAUGCUGAUCAUGAUUACGAAGUACCACAGCAAAAAGGAUUGAAGAAGCUCUGGAACAGAGUGAAGUGGACAAGAGAUGAGGAUGACAAGUUAAAAAAACUGGUGGAGCAACAUGGGACGGAUGAUUGGACGCUAAUUGCUAGUCACCUUCAAAACCGCUCUGAUUUUCAGUGUCAGCAUCGAUGGCAAAAAGUCUUAAACCCAGAAUUAAUAAAAGGUCCCUGGACUAAAGAGGAAGACCAGAAGGUUAUCGAAUUAGUUCAGAAAUAUGGCCCAAACGCGGUCUUAAUUGCAAAACAUUUAAAAGGAAGAAUCGGCAAGCAGUGCAGAGAAAGAUGGCAUAAUCACCUGAAUCCUGAGGUAAAGAAGUCUUCAUGGACAGAAGAGGAGGACAGGAUAAUAUAUGAAGCUCAUAAACGGCUGGGAAAUCGUUGGGCCGAAAUUGCCAAACUACUUCCUGGAAGGACCGACAAUUCCAUCAAAAAUCAUUGGAAUUCCACUAUGCGAAGAAAAGUGGAACAGGAGGGCUAUUUACAAGAUGGAAUCAAAACAGAGCGAACGUCUUCCAAGCUUCAAAACAAACCUUGUGCGACACUGGACCAUUUGCAAACCCAGAAUCAGUUUUACAUACCUGUUCAGAUCCCAGGCUAUCAGUAUGUGUCACCAGAAGUCAACUGUGUAGAACAUGUUCAGGCUUCUGCUUUUAUUCAGCAGCCAAUUGUUGAUGAUGAUCCUGAUAAAGAAAAGAAAAUAAAGGAACUUGAGUUGCUUCUUAUGUCAGCUGAGAAUGAAGUCAGAAGAAAGCGAAUUUCCUCACAGACCGGGAAUUUAUCUAGUUGGUCUGGCAGUUUUCUUAUGGAUGAAAGCAUGUCUAAUACUCUAAACAGCCUUGAAGAGCAAACGAGCGAGUUUUACGGUAUAGAGGAGAACCAGAAUGUGUCUGCUCAGCAAAAUUCACCCACUAAGUACCUGGCUGUGGAAGCAAAUGCAGUGCUAUCAUCUCUACAGACCAUUCCAGAAUUUGCAGAGACUCUAGAGCUCAUUGAAUCUGACCCUGUAGCAUGGAGUGAUGUUGCCAGUUUUGACCUAUCUGAUGCUGCUGCUGCUUCCCCUGCCAAGCCAACCCCAGUUAAACUAAUGCGAAUUCAGCACAGUGAAGGGUCCAUGGAAUGUCAGUUUAAUGUCAGUCUUGUGCUGGAGGGGAAGAAAUCCAGUUGUAACAGUGAGAGUGAAGAGAUUCCUUCAACAUCACCAAAUGAGGUCAAAUUUAGCACUCCACCUACCAUCCUAAGAAAGAAGAGAAGAAUUCGAGUUGGUCAUUCGCCAGUCAGUGAUCACAAUGACGGUUCCCUGAAUGAUGCUAUCGGUAUCACAUUAAAACAUACACCAGUGAAAACACUACCUUUUUCUCCUUCACAGUUUUUCAAUACAUGCUCUGGAAAUGAACAACUUAAUCUUGAUAAUCCUGCAUUUACAUCAACUCCAAUUUGUGGCCAGAAAGUCCUUAUUACAACUCCUCUUCACAAGGAAGCCACCCCCAAAGAUCAGAAGGAGAAUGCAGGUUUUAGAACACCUACUAUAAGGAGAUCUAUCCUCGGAACUACACCAAGAACUCCAACUCCUUUUAAGAAUGCUCUCGCUGCUCAGGAGAAAAAAUAUGGGCCUCUUAAAAUUGUGUCCCAACCACUUGCAUUCUUGGAAGAAGACAUCAGAGAAGUUUUGAAAGAAGAAACUGGAAGAGACAUAUUCUUCAAAACGGAAGAUGAACCUGUCUAUAAAAGCUGCAAACAGGAGCAGGUUUCUUCCGGGAAGAAAGUGAGAAAGUCAUUGGUUUUAGACCCCUGGGAAAAAGAAGAACAGCGAACUCCACUUUUAACUGAAGAUAUUUCAGACUUGCAGUCAGAAAAUAUCUUUACUACAUCUUUAUUAAUGAUACCCUUAUUGGAGAUACAUGACAACAGGUGCAAUGUCACACCAGAAAAACAAGAUACAAAUUUAACCAACAAAACCUACACAUUUGCUAAAAAGAAGCCAAAUCCUAGCACUUCAAAAGGUUUCAAAUUGGAAAAGUCUAUUCAGUCAAAUUGUGAGUGGGAAGCAGUAGUUUACGGGAAGACGGAAGAUCAGCGAAUCAUGACCGAACAAGCAAGAAGAUAUCUAAGCACAUAUACACCCACCAACAGCACUUCAAGAGCUCUCAUCUUGUAACGAUCAUUACAGAGGAUGAAACAAACUCAUUCCCUCACUCUGUAUUCAAAUUUAGUGAAAUCUGUCUAUUGUUUUUUUAAACUUUUUAGACCAACUUAAGAAGCAUUUUUAAGUCUUUUUAAUUAACUAUAGGCAGGCAAGAGGUUAGGCCAUUUUAGUAAGGGAUAGCAUGAAGGUUCUUGCCGGGCGAUUUUUAGAGAUGUGUUUUUUAAAAGGUAGUUUUUAAAGAAUAAGGUGGGGGAAAAGAAUGCAUGUGUGAAUAUUAACAGCCAAUUUUUAACACACAUUUAUACAUAAAAUAGUUGGCUACUCUGCAAUUUUAUUUGUACAGAUCACAAGUACUUAAUUGUUUCUGAAAACAUAGUCUAUGUAUGAAGUGCAUACAUAGUUUUAAUGAAAUUUGCUUUUACCUAAGUGCUUAUCUGCUUAUGUAGCAAUUUCUUCUACCACAUACCCGGAAACACAGUUGAAAGGCGCUUAAAGGAUAGAACAUUGCACUACUAGUUUUUGAUAUGCUUCUAAAAACAUUAAAAUUAGCUACAGUGUUAAAUAUAUUUAUUUGUGAAUGGUACUAGACAUCAGAAGGUAGUCAGGGUUGAAUAAAGGAUGGUGUUUUUUUUCAUUUUUAGUGAAGAGUCAGUAUUUUCUUCAUAAAUCUCAGUGUGAAGCUGAGAGCUCUGUUGAAUGUAUUGUACAGUAUGUAGGAACAGGGAAACUGUAAAUUGGAAAGGAGCCUGUUUUUGUAAUUUAUUUUCAAGCUUAAAUGUAGAUAUUUAUAUGUAUACAGGGUGUCUAGAAGCCAAUGUUGUUUCCUGUUAUGACAGCUAAGGACAGUUUUUACUUUAAAGUAUGGAACGGCCAUAAGUUCUAUGGGCUGCAAAAAAUAAAAAUCUAUACCGUAUGUCACAUCUACCUAAAUAUUGCACUAUACCCUUUAAAUCAUGUUGGUUAUAAAGUAGUUUUUAAUCCUUUUCUAAAUUAUAUUCUUUUUCCUUUUAGAUUAUAUUUGGGAGUCAUGUAAAUUAACUUGAUAAUUUGUAUAUGUGCUUUAAAUUUUGACGGUUUAUUUUUAUGUUUAACAUGGCACCUUGGUCUCUAAAACAGUCUUAACUGCACUUGGAAGUUCUAUUAUUUACUUAAUAUUUCAAAAGUAGAGAAAACAUUCUCUUAUUUAUGAAAACUUUAGUCCUUUUCUAAACUUUUUGUGUUUCUCUACAGGUUACAACAGUUGCUUCAGUUACCUAUUUUAGGUAUUUGCACUUAUUUCUUUUUGAAGGAAUGUCUUGGUUUGCUUUUGUUGUAGAGAUUUCAUGUAGUCCAUUUCUUGCAUAAUAUGUUGUGCUGUCAACUUAAAACACUGACAGGUAAAUAGAAUUGUACACUGUAAUUCUAGAUAUUUAUAAUUCCGACACUCUCUCCCUCUCCACUCCCGAAGUAUGCUGCUACAAAAGAAUAGCAGAAUCGGCUUGCUGCUAAGAGAGAAGGAAGGAGUCACCAUAUGCACUGUGUGUUCAGAUACAAAUCAAAUGAUGGCAGUUUCUCAAGUUAACUUAAUGGGAUCAACUAUUACCUGGCAAAUUCUUGCUAAACAUACCAGGAAUACAAGAGUUUGUUUCCAAACCAAAGUGAUUUUUAAAUACUGAAAUAUGAAAAAUAUGAAAUCAUUUUUUUAGAGCUCAAGGUUGUCCCAUCUAUUUUUAGAUUAAGUCGAAUUUUAAAUAUUGAAUGUUGGAAUAUUUUGCUACUGGACAGAAGAGCAGAAUGACUUAACUGCUUAAAUCUGAAUUCUAUUUUGAUAUUUUGCCUAUGGAAAAAAGUGCAAAAAUGAUCUAGUUCCAAGAUCAGUGCCUCAUUGAUAUCAAAAGGGGCAAUUAGUUUUAGCUUCCUUAGCAAAGUUUCUCGUGUCUUUUUAAUUGUUACCUAAUUGACUUCUCCAAAGCAUUUCAACUUAGGGGAAAAAUGCAUUUAGAAAGUCAAUAAAGUAUCAUUUCACAUAAAUUGAACAAAUAGAUGGCAGGGUUUUUUAAUAAAAUCUGGAGCUAGCUAGCACAUAGUCUGAAAUCAUCAAGGUCUAAUUAUCUGUGAUCUAUUUAAAAAUGUAAAUUUUUUUUUUCCUUGAGCAUUAAGUUUCCAAUACUGGCUAAUUUGUUCCAAAUGUAUCAGCUUUAAAGACUACUAAAUAUGGCAAAUAUUUGGUUGGUAUUGGUUCAGCCCUUCAGUUAACUGCUUUGUUGCUUUUGCAAUAAAGUUUUAAUCUUUAACAUGUCAGACAUCUUAAAUCACCUUUUUAGUGUCCUAAAUAUGUGUGCAUUUGAAUUUCUUUCAGGAUGUUUUUAGACUAGACAUACAUGUAGCAGCCAAACUUGCAUGGAAACUGACUUACCAUGUAAAAUACUCCAUUUUGAGAUUUUGACAUUAUUGUACAACAAAUUACUUUGACUAAGGUUUUGUUGUACUGGGAAAACUUGUCCAUUGUAAGAGAAUCUUGCAUACAAAGAUAUUGACAUCCAAAAUAAAGCAUCUGUGUACAAGCUAA